ACAAUAUAUUACAGUCUAGGGCUUGCUGCUGAAAAGCCCGCUGGAUCCUCCACUGACCUGCUGUUCUUUCCUGCUUUCCUCUCGCGUUUUUUCCACAUUUAGAUUAAAAACAAAGCUCUCUCUCUCUCUCUCUCUCUCUCUCUCUCUCUCUCUCUCUCUCUCUCUCUCUCUCUCUCCCUUCUCCCCUCCCUUCUUCUUCUUCUCCUCCUUCUUCUCCUUCUUUUCUGCGGCAGCAGUCAAGGCAGAGGCUUCAGUGUGUCAGAGAGAGGGUAAAGAGAGAGGAAAAAGCUGAGAAGAAGACUAUUUGGACGGAGCUGAGUGUGUGUGUUUAUGUUUGUAUGUUUCGCCAUUGGACGGCCGGGUGAAGGGGCAUGAGGAGAAGAGUAGGAGGGGGAGAAGAGGGGAGCCUGCCUGGAUGAAGUGCUCUGUGUCAUGUCACUAUGUGUGGACCUUGACUGAUCACAGGUUGAGGAAAAGGGAGAGACACUGAGAGGAAGACAAGGAGGUGGAGAGAGAGAGGAGGACUUGAACUGAGAACUGAGACUUUUCACUGGGAAAAGAAGACGAAGAAGGAGAAGGAGGUAAAGUCUGGAGCUCCGUGUUUAUCAUGACAUUGUUGGAUAAAGCAACCGACGGAUUGAGCGCUCCUCAGUUGUGUGUCAACAGGAAUUCGCCUUAGAAGACAGAGAGAGGGAGAGCUAGGGAGAAAAGAAGGAGAGAGACUCUGGAAGAGUAAAGACUGCUGUGUUCAACCCAGCUAAGGAGUGUGUGUGUGUGUGUGUUUGUGUGUGUGGCUGUGUAACCGGUGGAGGGCAAAGGAGUGGAGGGCCAGGGGACUAACCUGGCCAUCAAACGGACUGGCAGCCUCUCCUCUCCUGGGAUCAUGUACCCUCAGGGCAGGCAUCCGGUCCCCUUGCAACCUGGCCAGUCUUUCAAGUUCACAGUCCUGGAAACUCUGGACCGUAUCAAGGAGGAAUUCCAGUUCCUCCAGGCGCAGUAUCACAGCCUGAAGCUGGAGUGUGAGAAGCUGGCUAGUGAGAAGACUGAGAUGCAGAGGCACUACAUCAUGUACUAUGAAAUGUCCUACGGUCUCAACAUUGAGAUGCACAAACAGGCGGAGAUUGUCAAGCGGCUCAGUGCCAUCUGCGCUCAGAUCAUCCCUUUCCUCUCUCAAGAGCACCAGCAACAGGUGGUCCAAGCAGUGGAGAGGGCCAAGCAGGUUACCAUGGCUGAACUCAAUGCCAUUAUCGGGCAGCAGCAGCUCCAGCACCUGUCUCACCACGCCCCUGGCAUCCCUCUGACGCCACACCCAUCAGGGCUGUCCCUGGGUGCGGGCGGCUCAGGGCUUCUUGCGCUGACCGGGGCCCUGGGGGUCUCGGCCCACCUUGCCUCCAAAGAUGAGCGCAACCACCUUGACCCUGAACAUCUCAGAGAGGGAGCACCCAGCAGGAGUAAGUCAGUGUCAUCAACAGACAGUCAGCCCACGGAGGAGCGCCAGGGCCCGUCAGGAGGCUACUCCUCCUCACAGGGAGGAGCUGAGGCAAAGAGGAGGCGCUGUGACGACAAAGAACCCCUUGCACCGCACUCCUAUGACAGCGAUGGAGACAAGAGUGAAGACAAUCUCGUAGUGGACGUCUCUAAUGAGGAGCCUAACUCUCCUGCGGGCAGCCCUCCUCACUCUCCCCACGGGAACGGGUUAGACCGGGCUCCUACUCUACGGAAAGAGCUCCCGGGCUCCUCAAGCACAGGAGAGGCCCCCUCCACCCCAAACCCCCGCAGCCCCACCCCAGGGAAAGCCAAGGACCCUGCACAGUUGGAUAAGUCCCAGUCUCCUUUGUCCAAGUCUGGCACCCCAUCCCCGUCCCACCGUGAGGCCCUUACCCCCGGAGCCCCAGGAGCCCCCGGUCCCAGCACCUCCUGCCUUCGUCUGGUCAGCAAAGCAGCAUCCAGUGCAGACCCCCUUGCUCUCCGCAGUCCCAUGUCUGUGCCCCCUGGUUCAUACCCGGCUCAUUUUGGCGUGGUGUCCCACGCAGGGCUGAAUGGAGAGCUGGCCAGCCCAGGAGGUUUCGGUGGGGCUCUAACUCUCUCCCCGCAAAUCAGCGCAGCGGCCAACGCCUACUCCCGAAGCCCCAUGGUGGCGUAUGACUCUCGGUCUCACCUGAGGGCCCCAGGGCUGUCCUCCUCUCUGCCUGGUUCCUCUGGUGGCAAGCCCGCCUACUCAUUCCACGUGAGCGCAGACGGCCAGAUGCAGCCGGUGCCCUUUCCCCCAGACGCCCUGCUGGGCCCGGGAAUCCCUCGCCACGCCCGUCAGAUUCACAGUUUGAACCACGGAGAGGUGGUGUGCGCCGUCACCAUCAGCACCUCGACGCGCCACGUCUACACCGGAGGCAAGGGCUGCGUCAAAGUGUGGGACAUCAGCCAGCCAGGAAGCAAGAGUCCCAUGGCCCAGCUGGACUGUCUGAACAGGGAUAACUACAUCCGCUCCUGUAAAAUCCUUCCCGACGGGCGAACCUUGAUUGUCGGUGGGGAGGCCAGCACACUGUCGAUCUGGGAUUUGGCCACGCCUACUCCUCGCAUCAAGGCGGAGCUGACGUCAUCCGCCCCUGCCUGCUACGCCCUGGCCAUCUCCCCUGACAACAAGGUCUGCUUCUCCUGCUGCAGCGACGGCAACAUCGUCGUCUGGGACCUUCACAACCAGACACUGGUCAGGCAGUUCCAGGGCCACACAGACGGAGCGAGCUGCAUCGACAUCUCCAAUGACGGCACCAAACUGUGGACGGGAGGGCUGGACAACACGGUCCGCUGCUGGGACCUCAGAGAGGGACGCCAGCUCCAGCAACAUGACUUCACCUCGCAGAUCUUCUCUCUGGGCUACUGUCCGACAGGCGAGUGGCUGGCUGUGGGAAUGGAGAGCAGUAACGUGGAAGUCCUGCACGUCUCCAAACCUGACAAGUACCAGCUGCACCUCCAUGAGAGCUGCGUUCUUUCUCUCAAGUUCGCCUACUGCGGCAAGUGGUUCGUGAGCACAGGAAAAGACAAUCUGUUGAAUGCAUGGAGGACCCCGUAUGGAGCUAGUAUUUUCCAGUCCAAGGAGUCCUCGUCAGUGCUGAGCUGUGAUGUUUCCCCAGACGACAAGUACAUAGUGACGGGCUCCGGGGACAAGAAGGCCACGGUGUACGAGGUGGUGUACUGAGGGCUCGGACGAGAUGGGAGGAGACAGGACAGAGAUUUUGGGAUGGGUUUUUUUUUUUUUUUUUUUUUUUUAGGAUGAGGGGAGGGGGCAACCAGUUGCCCUGCCAACUGCUCCUGAUCCUCAUUACAUCAGCAACAGCAAGCACCCCUGUCUCAGUCCUCCUGACCCUUACCCUUAAUACAUCACCCCCUCUCCCCCUUUUUGCUGUGAUAUAAGCUACAGUGGAAGCUCCCAAAUGCCCCUUUGCCUCCUCCCCCUUUCCACAUUUAGCCCAAGGAUGAAGCAUGAUAGCAGAGAAAGGCAGAAAGGGAAGCAGCAAGAUAAGAAGGACAAAGGAAAAGGGCGGUGGAGCAUAAAGAUAAAGUCGGGAAGCGAAAGAGGGAAAGACGAGAAGGAGGAGAGAAAAGCGAGAAGGAAGAGAAAUGACAGCGAGGAAGAGGAGGAGGAGGAGGGAGGCAGGGUAAUUAGGGCUGUUUCCUGAUUAAGAGCUCAGUGGAAGGGAGGCCCCCAGAGGAGGCGCGGAGCGGCACUGUGGGAGCGCCAGCCAGGAGCACUGAUACCACACAAUCGAUUCAUUAGCCAGACAGUGGAAGCCUUAAUGAGGCUGACGCCGCAGCUCGCUCUCCCCAGCGAGAGGUGUCAGGAGCUGGGGAACGAUGACGCUCCGAGAUGGAGGGGGCCGCUUCAGAUAUCCACAUACACUGACAUGAAACAUAGACCUGCUAACACACACACACACACACACACACACACACACACACACACACACACACACACACACAGACACACAGACACAGGCGCACGUCAUCAGGCAAGAAUACACACAAACACACACACUCAGAUACACCCCCUCGAGGUAAUCGUAGGAAGACAGAAACACACACACACAACACACAGAGCACCCAAUUAAACAUUCAUCGCAGCACUCCCCGUCUCACUGCUUAAUAUCUAUUUUAUUUUGGUCUGACAAAGGCAGCGUCUAAUGAGCAGCGGAGUCAAUGGGAUUCUCCCAGGGCCCACAGACACAAACAGAGAACAUCAGCCGAGCUGUUCCCUCUAAUUCCUCUGGAUUGUUCUCCUGACACCGGGCGCUGCACUCACUCUCAUUAAAGGCACUGUCAGCAAGAUGAAGUAGCAGCACGCCAACUUCACUGUAAGGCAGACAAGAGGGCAAAUUAACACCAACCGAUUACGCUAUCAUCAGCAGUCAACUAAGCAGCGACUAAUCCGAAUCCUUUCAAAUUUUAUGCAACUAGUUGCUGUUUUCAUUUGCAAACCAGAUGAGAUUACAUGUUUAUCAGAGUCAUUAUCUCCAUCUCUGCCUACCUGCUGAUGUGCUAGUGUUCAAAGUGCUCUGGUUAAAUAUAAGCUAUUGAUUGCUAUUAAUUGAGAUGCUAAACACCUUAAUGGAAAAGUUCCACAUUUUGGGGAGAUUUAGAUGAAAGGAUUGAUAGAUACCACUCUCGUGUUAAGUAUGAAGCCUUCUAACCUAGCUUAACAUAAAGAGUGAAAACAGGAAAACGGUAACAAGGUAAAAAAAAAUAAAAUCUGCACACCAGCACCUCUGAAGCUCAGCAGUUAAAACAUCUCAUCUUGUUUUUAUCCCCACAAAAGCCAAAGUGUUAAAAUGAGAAAUCACUGUUUCACAGUGGGUUAUGUGUCGGACUGUUUCUGAGUCCAAAGCAGUAACUUCCUGGAUUUGCCUGCUAGUUUCAUAGAAUUUAUAUUUCAGUUACGGUAUGCAUUGAGAAAAAAAAAAGAUCUAACUUGUUACUGAGUGUUCUUAAGAGAUGCUGGUUUGUGGAUUUUGUUCCCUUUGGACAGAGCCGAGCCGUUUCCAGUCUUUAUGCUUAACGCUAAGCUAAACGGCAGCUGGCUGUAGUCUUGUAUUUACUGUAGAGACCUGAGAGUGGUAUCAAUCGAGGUCUCUACAAGAAAGCGAACAUUUCCCAAAACGUCGAAGUGUUCCUGUGAACCCGAUUCUUACUUUUCAAUCCUCCUUGUAUCAUAUUCCAGACUGGCAGGCAAACUGUAUAUCAGAGCUCUCUGCUUCUAUAGAACAUGCGUCACCAAUGUGUAGACUAAAAAGGCACAUUUCAAGCUUUUCUUUUAUUACUCAUUUAUUUCAGUAUUUUUUAUGAAUAGUGAUUGCUUGUCUUAUGUAAUUAUAUGUUUAUGUAUCGGGGGUUGCCUAUGACUGCGUUUCGGGUUCGGGGGAGCAAACAGAGAGGGAUGCACUCACACAUGCAGACAUACAAAAUCAAGUGGAACACAGGGGGGAAAAAUAUUUCUGUUCUUUUACCUUUUUUUUUAUCAGUGUAUUUUUAUCCUUGGUGAUGGUGACAGGCAGAGGGCAUACAACAUCAGCAGUCCCAUGUAAAGAAAAAAAAAUAAUAGAAAAAGAUCCUCUGUCUUCUGUUUGUUGUUUUUGUUUUAUCCCCCUUUUUUCAAAAGUGGUAGUAAAUGUACUAUAAUCGGUUUUCAGUCCUUAUUGUGCAACUAAACUAUGUUUCUGUUGAGUCUGUGGUCAGUGUACAGCAGGCGUCGGACGAUACAGAUUUAGUCAUCGAAGAGGUCCCACUUUUUACUGCAUGCUUGUUGCACUAAAGCUCCACUUCUGCUGAUAGAAUGAAACAAAUCUGAUGUUAUUCAGUAAGUGCAGUGAAUGGUCUCGCAGCCACAGUUUUACUAAGGGAUGAAUUUUACAUUACAAGUAUGCAAUUUAGUUCAAUUGUAUAAACUUUUAGCAAGAUUUAUCCAUGUUUCUCGCUGCAGUGCUAGUGCGGGGAUAGAAGAAUUAUGAGGGACUUCUACAAUGGCUACUGUACCAGCAGUGAGGAGUCAGAGAUCAUCUGUACAGUUUAAUGCCUUUGCCUGCCUCUUUUCCUUUCUGGCUGUCAGUGACAGACAGACCUAAAUGAUAUUCUCAUACACAAGCUUGUAUACUACUCAGAAUGAUGCUGUAUAAUGGCUAUGCAUUUGGUGGUAUAGCGUGAAUAUUUGGGACAUUGUAUUUGAUACUUUAACUGUCGGUAACGUCUCUACCCCCUGCCUGUGCUUUCUCUGUUCCAACACUAUAAAAAGUUUUUAUUUCCGUUUUACAAACCCAUGUUUGGUUUCUCUUUUAAAAAGCCAAGGAACUUUUUUUUUUUUUUUUAAAUGCUCUGUGUCUUCUUCCCUCCUGAUGCGUUUCCCAUGUGCUGUACAAGAAAUACUAUGUGUGAAAAAUAAACCAAACUUGUGUUCAUCCUUU